CAUGGCGGAGCGGGGCGGCGGCGGCGGAGACGGGGAGGCGGCGGCGGCGGCCGGGGAGCGCUUCGGCACCGACCUGCGGAUGGCUCAGCAGCAGGCGCUGCGGUUCCGCGGCCCCGCGCCCCCGCCCAGCGCGGUGCUGCGGGGCCCCCCGCCCCUCCUGCGGCCGCCCCCCCCCUUCGGGAUGAUGCGGGGACCCCCUCCGCCCCCCCGGCCCCCCUUCGGCCGCCCCCCCUUCGACCCCAGCAUGCCCCCGAUGCCGCCCCCGGGGGGGAUCCCCCCGCCCAUGGGGCCUCCGCAUCUACAGAGACCUGGACAUUUUGGAAGGGACAAGACCUUUAGACCACCAUUUAUGCCUCCUCCCAUGGGUAGCAUGCCACCACCUCCUGGUAUGAUGUUCCCUCCAGGAAUGCCGCCGGUCUCCGCGCCGGGAACACCAGCGAUGCCCCCAGCUGAGGAGAUCUGGGUAGAAAACAAAACUCCCGACGGGAAGGUGUAUUUCUACAACGCGCGGACGCGCGAGUCGGCCUGGACGAAGCCGGACGGGGUGAAGGUGAUCCAGCAGUCGGAGCUGACGCCGAUGCUGGCGGCCCAAGCACAGGCCCAGGCCGUGGGGGCCUCCACCCCCACCACCAGCAGCCCUGCGUCCGCAGCUUCACCAUCCACCUCCUCCAGCACACAGUCCUCCACCACCUCCACCACCACCACGGCCACCUCAGUGUCCCAGACCAACUCCACACCUACCACACAAGACCAGACCCCGAGUUCGGGUGUUUCAGUUGCCACACCAUCAGUCAGUGUUUCAACCUCUGCUCCUUCUGCUACACCUGUGCAGACUGUACCCCAGCCAGUCCCACAGACAUUGCCUCCUGCAGUUCCUCAUGCAGUACCUCAACCAACUGCAGCAAUUCCUGCUUUUCCACCAGUAAUGGUACCUCCAUUUCGUGUCCCCCUUCCUGGCAUGCCUAUUCCACUUCCAGGUGUAGCAAUGAUGCAAAUAGUCAGCUGCCCGUAUGUAAAGACAGUCGCUACCACCAAGACCGGAGUCCUGCCUGGCAUGGCCCCCCCCAUCGUGCCCAUGAUCCACCCGCAGGUGGCCAUCGCCGCCUCCCCCGCCACGCUGGCGGGAGCCACCGCGGUGUCCGAGUGGACGGAGUACAAAACAGCAGAUGGAAAGACUUACUACUACAACAACAGGACUUUGGAGUCCACAUGGGAAAAACCCCAAGAACUGAAAGAAAAAGAAAAAAUGGAAGAGAAGGUCAAAGAGCCAAUUAAAGAACCCUCGGAGGAGCCUUUACCGAUGGAGACAGAAGAAGAAGAGCCAAAAGAAGAACCUAUAAAGGAACUGAUAAAAGAGGAGCCAAAAGAGGAAGAAAUGACAGAGGAAGAGAAGGCAGCUCAGAAGGCCAAGCCGGUUGCCACCACCCCUAUUCCAGGCACCCCAUGGUGUGUGGUGUGGACGGGGGAUGAGCGUGUGUUCUUCUAUAACCCCACCACCCGACUGUCCAUGUGGGACCGACCCGACGACCUCAUCGGGAGAGCUGACGUGGACAAAAUCAUUCAGGAACCUCCUCACAAAAAAGGAAUGGAAGAAGGAAAAAAACUUAUUAGAGAAGAGCACGAAGCUGCAGAGGAAGCAAACGAAGAUGAGCCUAUUAAAAUAAAAAAGCGCAAGAAAGAUGAUAUCAAAGACAUUGAUUCCGAGAAGGAGGCUGCUAUGGAGGCUGAGAUUAAAGCUGCUCGGGAGAGAGCCAUUGUCCCACUGGAGGCUCGGAUGAAGCAGUUCAAGGACAUGCUGCUGGAAAGAGGGGUCUCUGCCUUUUCAACAUGGGAGAAAGAGCUGCACAAGAUCGUGUUUGAUCCUCGGUACUUGCUGCUCAACCCGAAAGAAAGGAAACAGGUGUUUGAUCAGUAUGUGAAAACACGAGCAGAGGAAGAGCGCAAGGAGAAGAAAAAUAAAAUAAUGCAGGCCAAGGAGGAUUUCAAGAAAAUGAUGGAAGAAGCAAAGAUUAAUCCAAGAACUACUUUUAGUGAAUUUGCAGCCAAGCAUGCUAAAGACUCGAGGUUCAAGGCAAUUGAAAAGAUGAAAGAUCGAGAGGCCUUGUUUAAUGAGUUUAUCACAGCGGCAAGAAAGAAGGAGAAGGAAGACUCGAAGACCAGGGGAGAGAAGAUCAAAAUGGACUUCUUUGAGCUGCUGGCAAACCACCACCUGGACAGUCAGUCUCGCUGGAGCAAAGUGAAGGACAAAGUGGAGACUGACCCGCGGUACAAGGCGGUGGACAGCUCCUCACAGAGGGAGGACCUGUUCAAGCAGUACAUCGAGAAAAUAGCCAAGAACUUAGAUUCUGAGAAGGAGAAGGAGCUGGAGCGACAGGCGCGGAUCGAGGCGAGCCUGCGGGAGCGAGAGCGGGAGGUGCAGAAAGCGCGCUCGGAGCAGACCAAGGAGAUCGAUCGGGAGCGGGAGCAGCACAAGCGGGAAGAGGCCAUACAGAACUUCAAAGCGCUGCUCUCGGACAUGGUGCGCUCUUCAGACGUGUCCUGGUCUGACACCAGGAGGACCCUGCGCAAAGAUCACCGCUGGGAGUCGGGGUCCCUGCUCGAGAGAGAGGAGAAAGAGAAGCUCUUUAACGAACACAUCGAGGCACUUACCAAAAAGAAGAGGGAACACUUCAGGCAACUUCUGGAUGAAACUUCAGCGAUAACUUUAACAUCAACAUGGAAGGAAGUGAAAAAAAUCAUUAAAGAAGAUCCAAGGUGCAUUAAAUUCUCUUCGAGUGACAGGAAAAAGCAAAGGGAGUUUGAGGAAUACAUCCGAGACAAAUACAUCACUGCCAAAGCUGACUUCCGGACGCUGCUCAAAGAGACCAAAUUCAUCACCUACAGAUCCAAAAAGCUGAUCCAGGAGUCCGAUCAGCACCUGAAGGACGUGGAGAAGAUCCUGCAGAAUGACAAGCGGUACCUGGUGCUGGACUGUGUGCCAGAGGAGCGGCGCAAGCUCAUCGUGUCCUACGUGGAUGACCUGGACCGGCGCGGGCCACCCCCGCCGCCCACCGCCUCCGAGCCCACACGGAGAACCACGAAAUAGUUACGGAAUGCUCCUAAUCCAAGGGUGUCUGUUAAAUCCAAACGCUUGCAUGAGCCAUCUGUCAGGUUACACACAUCCAUUGCCGUGAAUAUAUUCAAACAUCUGAGGAGCAGAGGCAGGAGCAGCUUUUGUGAACAUAAAAUGGUCUCUGGGGAGGGAAACAACAACAAAGCCCCACAUUAAAGGUAUUUAUGAGUUAAUUGGGGCAUGACUGACAAAUCCCAAGGUGUGGGGCUGUUUGGUGACUGCAGGUCUCGGGGCGGGGUGUGUGAGGUGUGGAUGUCUGGUACCUGGGGCUUUCCUCUCAGCACUGUCAUACGUGUGAGUCCCAGGCGUGAUCACGUCGUGGUUUGAGCGUGUCCUACGUGUGUGCCACAAGCUGCCUCAUGGUUCCUGCAGUCCCUGGCUGAGGAGGUGACAUGCUCUGAUAGCUUAAAUUAUUGAUCACAGCCUGCCCUGGAAACACCGGUCCCAGUUCUCUGCUUCCACCCUUGGGAAUGGAACUAAAUCCGUUAAAGCCAGGGUUAGAGCUGAGCGGAGAAUUGGGACUCAGAGACGAACCCAGGUUUGUUCACAGGCUGCUCUGUUCCUGCCCCCAGCCAUCAAUUAGCAGCAGUCAGGUUGCUCUGCCCAAGUGAAGAUCUGUCUAAUAACUUUUGCUCAAAGCUGGAAACACUUGGUGCAUCCCAGAGGUGACCGAGCAGGCCAGGACGGUUGUAUAAACACGUUUUUAUUUACGAUAAAGUGAUCUUUACAUACUCUGGAUUAGACUGUGGAUUCCCUCUCUGGGCAAUUCUUGUAAACUAUACUCCUGUUUUGAAUGUUAAACUUGUGUUUCUAAAGUUUAAUUUUGAAAAUGUUGGGAUUGUUCAGUUUAUGUAUUUGAACUACAAUAAACCAACCCUUUUUAUAUAUGGAUUGUACAGGCCUAAUCCCGAUUUCUGUUGAAUUUUGCUGGACUUGUGAAUUUAUGAGUAAAGCAAACAACUGAAGUGA